AAGAUCAUGACCUGAGCUGAAGGCAGACACUUAACCAACUUAGCCACCCAGAUGCCCCUAAAUUUGCAAUUUUUGAGAGUUUAAAAAGAUAUGCAGAAGGACAAGGCCAUUCUUAGUAUAUGCACAGAGCCCUAGGCUUCAAAACGUCUGGAUUUAAUGAUACCUGACUCUCUUUCCAGCUCUGAAAUUCUGUCUUGGAACAUAAUUUUACUGUUUUCAGUGAUUACAGAGCUUCAUUUUACAACAUAGCAUUGGCCUUACCCAUGAUUUUGUUUGACGCCAACUUGUUGGGAGAAUUGCAACCUCUCAUUAUCACCUUGUGCUUAGAGGAAAUGUGAUCCGCUUUCAGUGUGCAGGCAUGUGUUUGGGGUGAGAAGCAAGAAGGACGUGUUCAGUUGCAUGGCACCCACUGGGUUCAGAGGGUUCCAAGAAGAACAGGUGCUAGAGGCUGGGGUGCUUGUAGUGAACCCUGAAGCCUGGGUUGCCACCCAGGCGUCCCUCUCCUUGGUUUCUAUUAUCCUGAACAGUCUCUCCCACCCACCCCAUUUAUUUCCAUGUCAUGAAUGUGCCAGAGAGACUGGGGCCAUUUGUUCUGCUAAAUGUCCAUCAUUCCUUGUGGUGGUGGCUAACUUAUUCCUUUAUCAUCUGUAUUUCCUAUAAACGAGUAAUUAAAUUUAGAGGCUCAUUUAAUUCAGUUUCACUAUUUUAGGAAGAGCCCUUCACAGGCAGCAUUGUGUAUUUCCUGUUUCAUAUGUAAUAGUGGUGUUUAUUGGGUGCUUUCUGUGUGGCAGGCAUUGUGAUACUUUACAAACAUAAGGCUUUGAAGGAGUAGCUUAGUAUUUACUUCAUAACGAUAAACUUAACUCUUAAUCCAACUAGAAUAGAGGGAGCCAGGGAUAUAUGGACUCCAAAGAAUUGCAGCAAGUGAGAACCCAAAGAUCACAGAACUCUGAGAGCUGGGGGUGCUUCUGCAGGGACAAAAGGAAUGGUGUAGAUCAGAUCAAACACAAAACCAAAUUUAUCGGAAUGGCCUAGAGUCUUGCUGGUCUUGUCAUUCCUGGACACAAAACACCGUGGCUUUCACAAUAUCCGUGCUGUCUCUCUCCUCGCCAAAGAGCCCACGCUUGCCAUCCAACCUAUCCAUCUUAACCACGCAGAUGACAAACUGGGAGCCAUUUCAGUGGGGUCCAGCAUUUGCCAUGGACAAGAUGUCGGGACCCAGAGUCUUCAAAAUGAAGUUCUCAUCAGCGAAGUUCUCCCUGCUAAUUGGAUUUGCCACUGGUGCCACGAUGUGUGAAUUCAUCACCCCAACACAUAAAUGCAGGCAUAAGUCUGGGAAAGCAGGAACCAAAUCUAAGCAGAAAGCUUCAGGUAUCUUCCCAGGGCCUAGAGAACCAAAGUUUUCUGCUUUGGAAUAUUGUCUGCAAAUAGCUUGAUGAAGACAUGGCCCAAGACGCCUAUUAGUGGUCAUACCUGCGCAUGAGCAUGCCAUUGGCUCAACAAGUCUGCAGAGGCCAGUAUGAGUUUUUCAACAGCCUUGCGAGGCAAAUACUGUUCUAAUUCUGAUCUUAUAGAUGGUGAAACCAGGCCUGGUGCUCUCUUUUCUGCUGUGAUGCUUGUCUGUAGGGAUGGGGGAGUUCUGACAGUGAGGGAACAAGGGGGCCCUGAACCCUCAGUAGAAGAAGUGCUAUGUGUUGUGUGUUUUGUGCUCCUGGCCAACACCCUCUGCUCUUGCCUUUUCUCCCUCUCCUGGUUGACUCAGCACUGGCCCCAGCUGGUCCUCAGAAAAAAAGAGGAUCACCUGUCUUGAAACAGGAAGGAGGAAGCCACACCUCUCCUCCACUUCUCGGGAGCCAAAAAAAAAAGUAGGCUCAACUCCCUCAGUGAACAGAGAAUCCAUGUUAAAACCACAACGAGACACCUGCACGUGUAUCAGGAUAGAUAAUGUGAAAUGGAUGGACAAUAUAGAGGGUUGGUGAGGAUCUGAACAACUAGAACCCUCGAGCAUUGCUGGUGGGGGUGUAAGCUAGUACCACCACUCAGGAUAACCAUUUGUCCGUGACUGGGGCAAAACAUAUGCCUGCCCUAUGACCCAGCAAAUCUACGCUUGUACACGACUAUUUGUAGCGGCACUACUCAUGGCAGCCCAAACAGGAAACUAACCCAAAUGCCCAUCAACAGGUAUCCAAUGGAUAAAUAGUCAUGCAAUGAGAUACUACACAGCUUUUAAAGGAAUGGACCGCUGAUACACACGUGAUACACACAAUCUGAGAAGCCUGGCACAAACAGACCAUCUGUCCCUGGUCCCAAGAGGACCUGUCUUCCUGGAUGGCAGGGUGGACUAUCUAUACACUAGUCCCAUGGCCCUGACCUGCUGACCUCUCCCUCUUGGCUGAUUUCUUCAUGUUAGUUCAACAUUAACCCAGAGUGGUCAGGACAAGUCCUCAGAGUCCCAGGAGCUGACACACUAUGGCGCACAUCCGAGGCCUCUGGGUACCUGGCUGCCUGGCCCUAGCUGUCCUGUGUAGUCUUGUGCCCAGCCAGCAUGUGUUCCUGGCCCCUCAGCAAGCGCUCUCGGUGCUCCAGCGGGUCCGACGCGCCAACAGUGGCUUUCUGGAGGAGUUGCGCAAGGGGAACCUGGAGCGGGAGUGUGUGGAGGAGCAGUGCAGCUACGAGGAGGCCUUUGAGGCCCUGGAAUCUUCCAUCGCCACGGAAGUAUUCUGGACCAAGUACACAGCUUGUGAGUCGGUGAGGAAACCUCGAGAAAAGCUCAUUGAAUGUCUGGAAGGUAGCUGCGCUGAAGGUCUGGGCAUGAACUACCGAGGGAACGUGAACUUCACCCGGUCAGGCAUCGAGUGCCAGCUCUGGGGGAGUCGCUACCCACACAAGCCUGAAAUCAACUCUACCACCCACCCUGGGGCUGACCUGCAGGAGAAUUUCUGCCGUAACCCGGAUGGCAGCACCACUGGGCCCUGGUGCUAUACUACAGACCCCACCGUGCGGAAGGAGGAGUGCAGCAUCCCUGUGUGCGGUGAGGGGGGCGUCACUGUGCAGCUGACCCCACGAACCAGCGGCUCUAUGGUGAAUCUGUCACCUGCAUCGGAGCAAUGCCUCCCUGAGCGUGGCCGGUACUACCAGGGUCGCCAGGCGGUGACUGCACAUGGGUCCCCCUGCCUGGCCUGGGCCAGCAGUCAGGUCAAGGCCCUGAGCAAGGAACAGGACUUCAACCCUGAGGUGCCGCUGGUGGAGAACUUCUGCCGCAACCCGGACGGGGACGAGGAGGGCGCGUGGUGUUACGUGUCGGAGGACCCCGGUGGCUUCGAGUACUGCGACCUGGACUACUGCGAGGAGCCGGUGGAGGAGGUGGGCGACGGGCUGGCCGAGGACCCGGACGCGCCCAUCGAGGGACGCACCGGCGAAGAGGAGUUCCAACCCUUCUUCAACGAGAAGACCUUUGGCGCCGGGGAGGCAGACUGUGGGCUGCGGCCUCUGUUCGAGAAGAGGUCGGUGAAGGACAAAACGGAACACGAGCUUCUGGAUUCCUACAUCGACGGGCGCAUCGUGGACGGUUGGGACGCGGAGAUUGGGCUCGCGCCCUGGCAGGUGAUGCUAUUCCGGAAGAGUCCCCAGGAGCUGCUGUGUGGGGCCAGCCUCAUCAGUGACCGCUGGGUCCUCACGGCUGCCCACUGUCUCCUGUACCCACCUUGGGACAAGAACUUCACCGAGAAUGACCUUCUGGUGCGCAUUGGCAAGCACUCCCGCACCAGGUAUGAGCGGAGCAUCGAGAGGAUCUCCAUGCUGGAGAAGAUCUCCAUCCACCCCAGGUACAACUGGAGGGAGAACCUGGACCGGGACGUGGCUUUGCUGAGGCUCAAGAAGCCCGUCACCUUCAGCAACUACAUCCACCCCGUGUGCCUGCCUGACAAGGACACCGCAGUCAGACUGCUCCGCGCCGGAUACAAAGGGCGGGUGACUGGCUGGGGCAACUUGAAGGAGAUGUGGAUGUCCAGCGUUGCCGAGGUGCAGCCCAGCGUCCUGCAGGUGGUGAACCUGCCCAUUGUGGAGCGGCCGGUGUGCAAGGCCUCCACUCGGAUCCGCAUCACCGACAACAUGUUUUGUGCUGGCUUCAAGCCCAGUGAAAGGAAACGAGGGGAUGCCUGUGAAGGCGACAGUGGGGGGCCCUUUGUCAUGAAGAGCCCCUUUAACAACCGCUGGUAUCAAAUGGGCAUCGUGUCAUGGGGUGAAGGCUGUGACAGGGAUGGAAAAUAUGGCUUCUACACACACGUGUUCCGCCUGAAGAAGUGGAUACAGAAGGUCAUUGAUCAGUCUGGAAGUUAGCGGGCUGCUCACAUUCUAGGCUCCUCACUGCAAAAUCACAGAAACCAAUCCAGCAGAAUUAUUUUUGUGGUUUGUUCUUAAAACUAUAUAGUUCUCAAUAAAAGUGCCGGUCAACAAGC